AUGGAAACCUACGAUGAAGAUAUCUCAGAAAACCGUUUCUUCCGAUUGUUACAAAAUAAAUACAAAGCUAUUUAUGAAAAUGCUGCUAACAAUAGGUGGAUUAUAUGUAUCCCAAGAUCUGGAACAUUUUCCAAGCAUUCCCAAACACAGAAUGACAUAGAAACGCAUAUCCUCCGCCCUGUACAGAAUAAAGCACAGACCUUUAUUACAGUUAGUGAAAAGGAACUACAGGUGACAGGGGAAAUUAUUACUACAACUAAUGGUUUUAAAGAAGUCAAAUCAGUAAGAGUAUUGUUUGAAGAAACUUUCUUCAAUAGCCGAGAUGAGAGCUUCAGAGUUCUUUGCCUCGAUCAACCACUUGAAGGUGGUACAGUUGAUGUUGGGGAUCAUCCUUAUCUAGUUAAUCUAGAUAGUCUUGAAGACUGUGCUGAUUUUUUGUGGGGACAGCGAGUCAGUAAGCGUUCUCAAAGACAAGUUGAUGAGAUGGUGGAUUUCUUUAACCAUACGUACCAAAGACUUGAAGCAGAGUCUUUACGGUACUGUAUAGAUGCUGUCAAUGCAAUAUUUACAAAGUCAGUACAGACUGCACUCAAAGAUGGUCAUCAUAGAAAAGCUGUCAAGCAAAAUAGAAAUUUUAUGGAUAACUUAAAGGUUGCUAUGGAAACAUAUGUAAUGAAUGGAGUCUUCAAGAAAGUGUUCAAAGCUGUUAGUACUUAUGUUGCUAGAGAGGAUGCUGAGUUGAAUAAGAUUACACGGAAUCUAGCCGAAUUACAACUCAAAGAUCUUGGUAUAAGACCACAGUUUACUCAGAAUGUACCGAGAGCAAGAAGAGAACUCUCAUUUCUCAAUAAAUUUUGUACACCAUUAGAAAAGUUGUAUUGCCUCAGGAGAACAGUUAUGACCAUUACACAUGCUUCACUGCGAAGAGCCAAAAAUGUUCCCAUUGCUCCAAUCACAACAGAUGAUUUACUUCCUAUACUGGUGUUUUUAGUUGUGAAAUCUGAAAUCCCAAACUGGUUGGCUAAUCUUACUUACAUGCAAAAUUUCAGAUUUUCAAAACCUUCCAAUGAUGAAUUUGGCUUCUAUGUAGCAUCAAUAGAAGCCGCUGUGGAGCAUGUACGCAGUGGUCACGUGUCUGAAAUAUUAUCUGAGAGAAGCAUGUCACCUAAAUUACAGAUGUCAGCAGCACCAUCUGUGCAAAUGCCAUGGCAACGACAGGAUAGUCAUGAUGGCGAAACUACACCAAGUAUAGAUGUAUUGUUUGAACAUAUUAAAGAGGGUAGAAUGCAAGAUGUUGAGAGGAUGCUGCAUAUGACGUCUAAAGAUGAGAAUAUGCUGGCUGAAAAAAUGUGUCAUCCAUUGUGUUCAUGUGUCAAAUGUGAAAAACUUAUUACAAUAAAACGAAAUGAUCCCACAGCAGUUACUGCAUUUUCCCGGGAUGAUAGAGGGUGCACAGCAUUACAUAUGGCCGCUACAUUCGGCCAAGCCAAGAUAUUAGAACUGUUGGUGAAGAGAGGUGGCGUUGUUAAUGCAACAGACUAUCAUGGUUCAACACCGUUGCAUUUAGCUUGUCAAAAAGGACAUCAAAAUGUGACACUUCUACUGUUAGACUAUGGUUCCAAUGGCAAUAUGGCUGACAAUGAUGGUAACACACCAUUGCAUUUAUGUUGCGCUAAUGGACAUGAAGAUUGUGUCAAAGCUAUUGUGUAUUUUGAUGGUGCUGUGGUCCCCGUGGACGUGAAUGCUGCUAAUCUACAAGGAGAUACUCCAUUGCAUCAUGCAUCCAGAUGGGGAUAUGAGACAAUAGUGGAUAUCCUUUUGGAGCAGAAUGCCUCGGUGGAGGCUCUGAAUCGUAGAAAAGAAACUCCAUUGCUAUGUGCACAUAAUGUCAAAGUAUCAAGAUCUAUAAUGAAUGCAUCUGAUAAAGACAAUGAACCAAUCAGUCCUUCCAGUCCACCUACUGCGAGUACAGUGUUACACAAAACAAGAAAACCCUCUAUGUUUGAGCAGAUCCAAGUAUCCCCGUCACAAGCAGCAAAGAAUGCUAUGUCAGCAAUUGAACAAGCCAGGGAAAAACAGGUUUUGAGAUUAUUGAAGGCAGUAGCUGAUAAUGAUAUACAGCUUGUAAGAUAUCAGUUAGGUUGGUUAAGUGACAGCGAAAGUGAUGAUGACAAUGAUAGCGGUUCUAUGUCUCCGAGCAAAUUCAAACUAUGUCAUCCUUUGUGUCAAUGUGAGAAGUGUCAGUCUUUACAGAAGCGUACUUCAGUUGCAGCAAACUCUGUGAUCCAUGCAAACUCGGCCAAUCAUAAUGGUUUGACGUCAUUACAUGUUGCGGCUGCCCAUGGACAUGACUCCCUAGUCUCUCUGCUUAUACGCAGAGCUGGCAAUGUGAAUUGUAGAAACAAAACACAGCAAUGUACACCACUUCAUUUAGCUGCACAGUAUAAUAGACCAAUGGUCAUCACUUUACUGCUAAACCAUGGUGCUAAAUGUAACACUAGAGAUGGCAAAGGUAACACCCCAUUACAUUUCUGCUGUCAGAAUGGUCAUAUGGAAGCUGCUGAACUCCUCCUACAGAAUGGUGCUGGUGUGAAUGUUACUAAUCAUAGAGGCAACACCCCUUUACAUGAAGCCUCAAAGUGGAAUCAUUUACCUUUGGUGAGGUUAUUACUUGAAUCUGGUGCCAAUAUUACAGCGAGGAACAAGGCACAACUCACACCAUCACAAUUAUCUCAGAAUGAGGAUGUCACACUGUUAUUGGAAGAUGCAGAAGAUGGCUUUUUUGAAUCAAGCGGUGAAUACAGUACCUCACCAAGUGCUAACAGUUUAUCAAGAUCACCAAGUAAAAGUGGAAGCUAUCUAUCCCAGUCACCGAGUCAAGACAGACAAAGUUCAAGUUCAAAGAAAGCAUUGAUAGCAAAACACGAGGCUAAGUUGAUGGCGAUUUCAGGUUCACCUACUAGACACCUAAGCAUGAGGGAUUUAUUUAAGGCAUUUGAGGAAUCUGACGUGGUUCAAAUAAAAGAACUUGGUGAAUCUAUUCAGACUUUUGACAAGAAGAAAGACUUGAAGAAAACUAUUACUCGAGAUAUGAGUGCUCCUCGAUUAGAUGGAUAUCUGAAACAUCAGAUGGCAAUUUGUAAUUUUGAUCGGAAGUCGUUAAAACAAGUUGAUGUUGAUGACAGAAGUAUACCUUAUAUGCCCAAGGAUAUACAAAGCACCAAGCCAGAUGCACAAAAUUAUAGCCUGAAUAUAAAGAGGUCUACCAGCUUUGAAAUUGGCAGCCCAGUGAACUCAGACGAUGAAUAUGUUAAUAUAUCCGAUGUUGAUAGUCCAAGUCACAAUUUCCGUAGUUUCAGUACUAUGAAAGAUGAAAGGACUUCAAACAAGCAAAGGAGUGCGAUAGCGGAUGUGGAACAGACCACCAGGUCAAACGGAGCUGAAAAAGAAAUGGAUGUUUAUUUUGAUCCAGUGAAGGGUUCACAUGAAGGGGUUUCACGGGGGAGUGUUGCUUCAAGUCCUUCAACCCCCGAAUCUGUGAUUGUCGCCGCAGAGAAUGAAAAAUAUUCUGAAGGUUCAACUGUUGGCAAUGAAUCCACUGCUGGUGCAGAUGUUGCGUUAUCCAAGGAUACAUCUGCUCUGAAACAUUUUGCUAUUACAAGGGACUGCACAAAUGCAUACCAGACUAUAGAAAGGAAAACUGAUGGUUUUGAACUUGAGUUUGAUGAAAAUCGUUUUGCAAAAGAUACACCCCCUUCUGUUAGGAAGUUUGGCAGGGUGAUUCAAGAUUCACCUCUUGAUACACCUACUUUAUCACCUGACAUGGUUAAUGCAUCACCUGACAUGGUUAAUGCAUCACCUGACUUGGCCACUUCGUCACCUGACAUAGCUACUCUAGAACAGGAAAUACAUGAUUUACUUUCUGAUAAUGAUGAUAGUUAUGCCACCCAUGAUGAACUCGAAUGA